CAGAGAGGAGGAGGUUACAGAGCAGCCAGCAGUGAUUGGAUGAAGAGACUCAGUAAACCACAGCAAACUCAGGGAGGACACACCCCUUCCUAAACACUGGGUGUCAUAAUAAGUGUGCAGUAAAACAGAGGAAUUUGUGAGCCAAAUACAGAAUCUAAAAAAGACAUGUAAAGCAUCUGCAUGACCCAAACUACAAUGUCGACAACCCAGAAGGAAUCCAGCAUUCACAAGGUGAAGAUCCAACAGACCUACUGGGGAAAGGACACAAUGGAAGAAAAGAUGAUGGAGAUGGGAGCAGUUCGGACAGGUAAAGUGGUGGAAGAGGUGGAAUACUAUGACACAGACCUAUACGAUCUUGCUGUAAAUGGGUCCUGGCUCAGCAAAACAGGGAAACAAUGGCAACUGAUCAUUGACAAAGUAAAGGCAACAACGCUUGAAGUCCACAGUCCUCUGAAGAAGACCAAGCAAGUCAAUAUUGUUGACCCACAGAUAUCUCCAGACUUACCAGGUUCUAAAGCAACACGCACACAAGAUAUCCAGAAGAAAACUAAUCUGAAUGGAAAUACAGACCCUGAAACAUCAAGAAAUCUAAUAACCUGCUAUGAACUGGUACAAGAGAAAGAAAUCAUUGCAUGUCUGUCCCAAAUUUUACACAUCGAUGCAGAGUUGGACAAUAUAAACAUAGGCAACUUUUUAGGAAUGACUGGGAUCCAAAAAUACACCAGCGUCAGCAACGUCACACGGGAGACCUUUCAGCUGAGAGACAUCUACACAGUAGUCAUAAAAGCAGACGGGGUCUCCACAAAGAAGUCAGUUGUGAUAUCUCUAGAUGUGGAUAUAGACGUCGUCACCCAAGGAUUUCAGUGGAUUGAGCGGCUGGCGAAUGAACUAGACCUCCAAGUGCAAAAUGUGUAAGAAAUAGGUGCUAAACAACUACAUCAAACACACAAUGGAGUAUGUCUUCAUUUUCAAGUUAUAUUAUAGUCAAAAUUGUCUCUUGGGCGCUGUUGGAUUCUGUCACCGCAAUUAUUUUUAUUCUUCCCUCCUAUGAUGGAGAAGAACUAAAAUAACAAACACAGAUGUGAAGAUUUUCCGUUACAUUUUUUAUUGUUGUUCUUUCAAUUCCAGACGUAUAAUUUAUCUAUUGUUCUGUGUCUUUUGUAGCGUUAAAACCUUUUGCAGCUUUUCCUGUCACUUGACAGUUUUGCUAGGGCAGAGUUUAUUGUGAAUGGGCAUGUCCACAACCUUUCAACUGCUGAGCGAAUGAGCCAAAGAGGGGUCACUGCUCAGCGAAUCAGUCCCAAACGUGUCCCUGCUCAGGGAAUCAGUCCCAAACGUGUCACUGCUCAGGGAAUCAGUCCCAAACGUGUCACUGCUCAGCGAAUCAGUCCCAAACGUGUCACUGCUCAGCGAAUCAGUCCCAAACGUGUCACUGCUCAGCGAAUCAGUCCCAAACGUGUCACUGCUUAGAGAAUCAGUCCCAAACGUGUCACUGCUCAGCGAAUCAGUCACAAAUGUGUCACUGCUCAGCGAAUCAGUCACAAACGUGUCACUGCUCAGCGAAUCAGUCACAAACGUGUCACUGCUCAGCGAAUCGGUCACAAACGUGUCACCGACCAGCGAAUCAGUCACAAAUGUGUCACUGCUCAGAGAAUCAGUCACAAACGUGUCACUGCUUAGAGAAUCAGUGAAACGUGUCACUGCUCAGCUAAACAGUUAUAAAGGUGUCUCUGCCCAGCGAAACAGUCCCUGAGGGGUCACUGUUUAGCGAAUUAGGCACAUGGUGUCACUGCUCAGCGAAUCAGUCACAAAGGUGUCACUGCUCAGCGAAACACUCACAAAGGUGUCACUGCUCAGCGAAACACUCACAAAGGUGUCACUGCUCAGCGAAACACUCACAAAGGUGUCACUGCUCAGCGAAACACUCACAAAGGUGUCACUGCUCAGGGAAACACUCACAAAGGUGUCACUGCUCAGAAAAUCAGUAUCUGAGGGGUCUCUGCUCAGCGAAUCAGUCACAAAGGUGUCACUGCUCAGCGAAUUAGUCACAAAAGGUGUCACUGCUCAGCAAAACAGUCACUAAGUUUGUCACUGCUCAGUGAAUCAGUCACUGAGAAGUCACUGCUCUGCGAACCAGUUACUGGGGUUUCACUGAUAAGCGAAUCAGUCACUAAGGUAUCACUGCACAGCAAAUUCGUAACUGCGGUGUCACUGCUCAGCAAAUCAGACACUGUUCAGUAAAUCAGUCACUGAGGUGUUAUUGCUGCAGCCAGUGACUGGCUAUGUGGGCAUUCCUUGUGUCAAGACCAAGACAAGGAAGAGCUCACAGUGGCUCCAGGCUGGUUAUUAUGCCUCCCCCUCCACAAACCAGGCUACACUGAAAUGUAAAAAUAAUUCCCCAAACUACCUAUUUAAGAUUAUAUUAUGAAACAUUCUCCAACUUUACACAUGUCAAAAAAUAAAUAAAUACAUUUAAAAAAAAAGGACCAGUACAAAUGAAAUACCAAUAUUUGUUAGCAGCUGUCAACUUCUGUCUCAGUUUGGCCUCUAAAGCUGGUAGUGGAGCAUUUUCAUGUUCUGCCAUUCAGGGCUAUGAAAACACCAGCAUCAGAGUCCUAUCAGAACCUAUUGAAGCCUGUAUGGUUCAAUGUUGUGAAUGGGUAGAACUGUGGUAUUACUGGCAAAACCACGUGGUUAUUGGUCAUUAUUUCACCCACAAGUGGCAGCAGAAAUGUGAACCAUACCCUAAAAGGUCCACCCAUUUACUAAGUGCUGGGACCACUCUCAGAAAAUAUUUUAGCUAUAUAUAUUCUAGCUUUAAUAAAGACACUGUCAUUGCAUCAAGACAAAUAUUAUAUGUGAACUCAGGUAGAAGAAACAGGCAUGGUCGCACAUCUACAUAUUGCAUUUUGAUCUAAUUGCUUCUCAGCAUAAAUUCAAAAACUAACAGGUUGUUAGUAUACAUUUUGAUCAAAAGGUACAAGCCCACUCGCCACGUCAAGGCCACCUAAUUUGAGUGGGUCCCUAACGUCCCUAGCAUAAAAUGGCAUAGCACUGGGCGGCAACCACCAGUGCCCACAGGGGGAACGACCCACUGUCAGAGCGAUCAUAAUACAAAAUUGUGGAUGUGCGGCCAUGUCUGUUUUUUCUACCAGGAUUCACAAAUAUUAUAUGAUAUACUGUAAAUCCUCUAGCAAAACAAAUGUCUAAAAGGUUGCAAUAAUAGAUUGAUCUCAUUCUACGUAUAUUAGCCCAAAGGGAUCGGCUCUGUUACCCUACCCUUCUGUCAAGUUGAAUAUACAAGUGUCAAUAAGAUAACAGGUAUACAGUAUUUCUCCAUACAGUACAGAUUUCAGAUCUAUGACAGCUUAAUCCUUUCAGUGAUUUCAUACAAGGAAGCUACAUCUUGUAAUAACCUCCAAUGUUUCUAACUAUAACUGAUGCCUCCUGCUCCUGUACAUGUCACAAAUUAUACAAUAAAACAUAAU